CCCUAAUUGUGUACAUAUUCUGUAUUAAAUGUGCAUUAAAUAUGGGAAGCUGCAAUUAGCUACAAUUAUUUAAUAAAUUCAGUAAACGAUUUAGCUUAAAAUAAGCAUUGUAAUAAUUUUCAAAACUUAGGUGCUGCAGUGAAGUAACAGGUUCCGGAAUACUUGUCCCAUCGCUAAGUCAAUUAUUUGAUCAUGUACAACGUGGAUUGUAUACCCAUCAAGGACAUCAAGCCGGGCCUGAAGAACAUCAAUGUGAUCUUUAUUGUCCUGGAGGUGGGCUCUGCCACCGUCACGAAAGAGAAUCGUGAGGUGCGAAACUUCAAGGUGGGCGACCACACGGCCAGCAUAAAUGUCUCCAUUUGGGACGAACCCGGCAAACUAAUCAUUCCAGGUGAUAUAAUUCGGCUAACCAAGGGCUAUGCAUGUCUCUGGCGGCACUGCCUCACCCUCUAUUCCGGCAAGAAUGGUGAGGUCUUCAAAAUCGGCGAAUUCUGCAUGAUUUUCAACGAGAACGUCAAUAUGAGUGAACCCAAACGGCCAGAGCAACCACUCGUGGCGUCUCCAGCAGUCCUGCCAGGCGGUCUUCCAGCUGUGGGUCCUUCGGGUGUGCCAGCCAAAGGUGGUCCUGCGGGCAUAUCUCCUGCCGUGGUGCCAGUGGUCCUACCCGGAGCCGUGGUUCAGCCGCCCAUCCCCGCCACAGCAGCCACAGCCACGCCCACUGUCCCUCAGACAGUUGUGAAGCAGGGCACACGGGGCGGCAGAGGAGGUGGGCGUGGUGGUUCCCACAAAGGGGAAAGGCGAUAGAGAUUUCGUAUUAGAAUAAGAGCUACAAAUUAUGUCAAAUGUUGUAGUUUUAGGUUUUAUUUUUGCAAAAUCGAAAAGACACAAAUCAGACAUACAGAGAUUGUGCAGCAUUUUUCAUCGGAUACAUUUAUAAGAUAAAUAUUGUAUAAUUAAUAUUGUAUUUUUGUAAGACAAAAUCUACAUAAACGAUCCUUAAGAACA